AGGUUUUGAGUGUGUGAAUUUUAUCAGCGUGAAAUUAGUAAAUAUAAAAUGAGCGAAAUCAUUAAAAAGAAGUUUAUAGAUCAAAUUUUGCAUAGCCGCAACGGAAUGUAUUAAAUUACAACUAUGUAUAUAUAAGUAUAGUUUAGCUUUAGAGCUAGAAAAUUUACCUGCUAAUUGAAAGUCCGCAGAAAUCCAAAGUGCUUGUAGCACAGUAGAUAGUGAAUGUUUUAUUUCUUAGAUACCUAAACAUACCAAAUAGUGGAAUCCGUAGUGAAAUCAUGUGCAUUGCGACCCCCAUCUGCUCCGCGGGCAGGCCCAGUCACCUCAAUUGCAAAUAAAAUAUAAAAGGAUUAUCAAAAUUUGACCUCGCUUUGAAGUGGGUGUGUGGCAGAAAGAAAUAUUUUUCGCCAAUUUGACGCACUCACACAUACACACGCACUUACACGUAACUCGCAUAUACCCACCGUUUGCAAUAUGAAAGUGAUGCGCAUACGCCACGCUAAACUAAUCGUAGCCGUAGUGGUCAUAGCCAACCUCAUACUAUUUUAUUAUUCCUGGAAGUCGACCAUUUGGAAGAGUCUCACCUCCACGCUCAUGCCCGGCGAUGCAGCAGAGCGCGCCGCGUCAGCUGAUAACGAGCUCGGCGGWGUUGGUGCCGGCGCCGCAGGACGUGGCGGGGGMAAAUCGCCGCGCGAUAAGCUCAAGAAUGCCAACAAACAUAUACGUAAAUCCAUAACGGUUGUAUUUCGCAGUUUUUAUAAUUUCGAAAAUGAUCUCAAAGCAUCCAUUGACAAUCUGCUCGAUAUUGUGCCGAAUUUGUCGGUGUUGGUGCUAUUGGAGGGUACACCCUAUCCACCGGUCACGUAUGAGCGCAACAUCACCGCCACCAGCGGCGAGGAGAACACUGUGCGCUUCAUAAAUCUCGGUUUCGAUGUGCAAAAGACACCGGAGCAAUUAAACGCGCUCGCAGCCAUACACACGAAAUACGUGUUACUGCUGCCGGAUAGCGUGCGUUUGACGAGCAAAAAUCUCUUGCAAAAGAUUUUGCGCGAAAUCAAUUCGGCCAUGCCAUUGGGCGCUGGCAUAGCGGCAAGAGCGCCGCUUAAGGCGGGCGAGUUUAAGCAUCAGCAAGAGGCGCGCGCCUUGUUGCCRCCUGUCGGUCCGGAGGAAACGGUCAGACGUUUGGUGAUAGUGCCAUUCGCCGGCAAUAUGAAGUCGUUUAGCAGUUGUACGCAAAUCAACUUGGAUCUACCCAAUUGGACGAUACAAUAUGUGGCGGUCAACACCAGCGACAAGUGUGACUUGUAUUUACAAAAACAUGCCAUACUCGUGGAUGUGGGCGUACUCAAGGAGCUGCCCGACCCAUUCGUCUCGCCAUUCCCCGAAAUGUUUUACAUACAGGCGAAAUUGGCUGGAAUUUCUAAAACUGUAUUUCCACAAACCUUCCAAGAUGGACGCCGACUCUUCGCUUCGUACCAUACGAAACAACGCCGCACCGAAAUACGACGUCGCCAGUUUAAGGAGUUAUAUAAGAAGCUACAGAUCAAACGUAUCAUACGUCGUUCACAUAAAAUCAUCUCGAAAAGCGAUACGAAAGAGAGYGGCGGUGGUGGCGGCUCACAUCACAAUCUCGUGCUAGAUACACAAUUUUCCUCAUCUAACUUCAGUUUACCGCURGUAACAGAAAUCGAUUUAAUCGGUUGUGAACGCACCACAAAAUCCUGCGUCGGUACUGUCUACAACAAUCGGCCCUUUUACAUUUAUUUGGACAAACAUGCGCCGCCAUGUUGCCUUGACAAACUCAAAACGACAUUCAAUCAUGUGCUCGAGGAGUUCGAGAAUGUCGGCAUACGUUAUUGGUUGGACAAUCAAGCCUUACGUACAGCCAUCGAGACGAAUCACUUGCAUCCGGAUGCUUAUGAAAUCGACAUCAGUUUUAAUGUCAACGAUUUGGAGCGUUCGAAUGCCAUGAAAAAGUCGCAGAAUAAACCAUAUGUAGACAAUGAGGGCUUCUACUGGAUUAAGGCGACGGAYGGGCAUUAUUUUAAAGUGCAAUUUUCGAAAAUUAAUCAAAUUGGCGUAAAUCUAUUACCAUUCGAAAUUAACGGUAAUGAGGUGAGACCAAGUGGAUUUUUCGGUUGGAAAGCCAAAGAAUUCUCCGCCGACUAUCUGCAUCCAAUGUCGACGGUACUGUUUUUGGGCAAAAGUGUAAUGUGUCCGAAUAAUGUGCGAGAAUUCUUGGACUUUAAGAAUGUGUAAUGCAGUGAUUAGUGGAAGGAGGCUGAAGAAACACCGCUUUGAAGCACAAAACAUGCAAAUGGUAUUAGAAGCGUUGAUCUAUUGAAGCACAUUCGAGAUCUAACAAAAAAAAAAAAAAGCGCAAAGUGUUCCGAGAGUAUAUUUCAGCGGCUACUUAAGAGGUGUGGUUCAUAAGUGUGGAAGUUAUAUUGUUUCAAAUUAGUUUCCUUUUAGUUGUCAUAAAGAUAUAUUCUCCAAUUUUACAUAAUUUAAAGCAAAUAUAAAUUUUUUUCGAUCAGUUCCUUCAUAACACAUGUGUCUCUCUAAGAUCAAAGUUYUUCAAUAUAUUUUCCAUCCUCAAAAGAAGGUUAAUGAAAGAUUGGUCUAGAUUAUCAGAAAACUAAAUAAAUUUUGUAAUUUUAUUGUUUGGCUGAACGAUGAGGUUUGGUGAUUGUGUACUUCGGUUAAAGCCGUUCGUCAGACUCGUGUUUUCAAAAACCACACCUCGCAGAACCAUAUGCAAAAUAUGAGGAUUUAAUAAAGACCGUACGAAUUAUAUUAAAACAGAGCUAAAGUGAUUUACCUAGAAAAUAUAAGUGUGACUUUACUUAAACGGAAUAAAUUAAUCGCCAUGAUCUCUAAAGGGAAAGAAUUAUAAAAAUAAAGAUAAAAUUUAGAAGAUUUUAAUGGAAUUGUAUAUAGUAAAUACAUAC